AUGAGAUCUAACCUGAACUUUCCCGCUCUUGUAUCUAUCUCCCGCUGCCUGCAAAGUUGCCAAUCAGUUGAAAAGAUAAGGUUGGUUGGAAACAGACCCCUUGAAAAAGAGUUCCAAGCAUCUUUGCAUAGGCCUAUAGAAACAAUCAUUCAGGAGUCACUUCCUAGGUCCGUUGAAGUUAACCCUUUCGAUUAUAGACAGAGAAAAGACGAGAUGUUUCUUCGGGACAAUUUAGGUCGGCCUAAUGAUGUGAUGCCGCUUCCACGUGAUGCUUUGCAUCAUAGGCAUAUCGAGGUGAAUCUUCAGGGUACUUUACGCAGGCAUGUUGAGGCAGACCGGCAAGAUUCUUUACGCAUGCAUGCUGAGGCAGACCGACAGGAUGCUUUACGCAGACAUAUGGAGGCAGACCGGCAAGAUGCUUUACGCAGGCAUAUUGAUGUGGAUCCUCGAGAAACGUUAUACAGGCCUUCUGAUGUUGUCAGGGGAGAUGUUUCUCGACAGUAUAGAGAGAGGGAUGAUUCUCAUGAAUUCUUGCAUAGACCUUUCGAGAUGGUUCAACGUCGUGAGAAUAUGGGGAUGGCUUUUGAGUCAUUUCCACGUGAUGGUUUUGGAAGGCCUACUGACACAAUCCCACAAGAAACUCUUAGUCGGCCAAGUGCUGAUUUUCUUGUACAGCGUUAUUCAACUCUCGAUACACAUCCUCACAGCAUAAAUACGUCUGCUCCAAUGACUAACGCUGCCACCAGUAAGCCACAUCUAUCAGAAGUGGAUGUUGUGAACCAAGAUGUGGUUUUUAAGAUACUUUGUUCCAUUGAAAAUGCUGGCGGAGUUAUCGGGACUGGGGGUAAAGUUAUCAGGAUGCUUCAUAGUGAAACAGGUGCCUUCAUAAAUGUGGGAAAUACACUUGCUGACUGCGAAGAACGUUUGAUUGCAGUAACUGCACCAGAGAACCCUGAAUGUCAAACCUCGCCAGCCCAGAAAGCUAUUAUCCUUGUUUUUUCAAGAUUAUUUGAGCUUGCCACUAAAAAAAUCAUAGACAAUGGCCCAAUGACAUCUAUCACUGCACGACUUGUUGUCCCAACAAGUCAGAUUGGUUGUUUGCUGGGAAAAGGUGGUGUUGUUGUUUCGGAAAUGCGGAAAAUGACUGGGGCAACAAUUCAAAUUUUGAAAGUUGAGCAGAACCCAAAAUGUGUUUCAGAGAAUGAUCAAGUUGUGCAGAUUGCAGGAGAGUUCCCUAAUGUGAGAGAAGCCAUUUUCCAUAUUACGAGCAGGCUGCGAGACAGUUUUCUCUCGAACUCAAUGAAAAAUUCGGUAACCAAGAGCAGUCCCACCUUAACUACAGAGAGAAUCUACCAUUAUGUGAUUGCAUAUUACAUAUUCUAUAUGCAGUUCCUUAUAUAUGCCCUUGCAAUACCAAUUUACGAAUGUUCCUUUUAA